CCCUCGGCUUCCUCAACAUGGCGGCGCCCUUGAGUGUGGAGGUGGAGUUCGGGUGAGUGCGAGCGGGUGUCCUGGGGAUGGAGCGAAGUCGUCGGGCUCGCAGCUCCCGGCCUGGCCCGAUCCGGCCGCCGGCGACCAGCGCGAGGCGCGUCACCCGCAGGGACUCGGAGGCCUUGGCCGGCUGCGCGGCCCGGACAGGCGGCGCUGAGCUUCUAUUUGAUGGAAUCAAAAAACAUCAAGUCACCUUGCCUGAACAGGAAGGGCCCUGGGACAUCCGGAACCUCCUUGUCUGGAUCAAGAAGAAUUUGCUAAAAGAGCGGCCAGAGCUGUUCAUCCAGGGGGACAGUGUGCGGCCGGGAAUUCUGGUGCUGAUUAAUGAUGCCGAUUGGGAACUGCUGGGUGAGCUGGACUACCAGCUUCAGGACCAGGACAGCGUCCUCUUCAUCUCCACACUGCACGGAGGCUGAGGGCUCCUCUCUGAGCCUUAGCACCCUUGUGAGGGGAGAACAGCACAACCACACAUCCCCUUGGGCCCUGCCUCCAGGUGUCCUGUCCCCCUUGGCUGCCUCCUUCCCUGCUGAAUCCCCUAAGCUCCCUCUAGGCAGGGAAAAGAGGCCAGGUGCUAAAAAUGAGCCUUUCUGGGUAGGGCACGUGAGCAGGGAGAGAAGGCAGAUGCCUGAGCCCAGCAUCCUCCCAGCAGCUGAGGUGGGGGAGGGUGUGCCUGUGGUGUGUCAGGGGUGGAGGGGGGGGCUCUAUGUGCCUGUGGCGUCAGGGGUAGGGGGGCCUCUAUGUGCCUGUGGUGGAGGGGGGGCCCAGGUGACCCAGCUGCUUUCCAUUCCCUGUGUCUUAAUCUAAGCACUGAGUGACCGCCUGCAAGGCACUCCAGCUCCUGAGCCAUCGUCAUGGAGAAGACGAAUGGACUGGAAUGACUGAUGAGAAGCCUCUCCCUAUCCAGAGAUUAGAGGGGUCUCCGCCUCAGUUUCCCCAUCUGGUCAGCAGAGGGCUCUGCCUGUCCCCCACUGAUGUCAUUAUGGAACCCCAGCUGGGGUCCCCUAUUCAACGCUCACCUCCCUCCCUCCACCCAGCAGCUGCUCUCCCAGCCACACCCCUCCUGCUCCCCCUAUCCCCAGCCCUUGACCCUGGCUGGCCUCCCCCCCGCCCCAAGCCACCAGAUGGGCUCCUGAGAGUCCCUAGGCUGCCUACAACUCAUUCUGCUGGGGGUAGAGAAGGGAAGUUGCUUAACCUUGGACCAGCCAAUAGAAGUCAGGGAAGGGAGGUUGUCAGUUAUACCUGUUUCCUAGUCUGCAGCUGACUAGCUGUAGUACCUGACAGUUGGGGAGAUACUUGCUAGCUUGAAUGCAACCCCUCAAUUCCUGAGAGAAGCAGGUUUGGGACAGACAGCACCUGGUGGGCAGAGGACUGGGCCCCUCCUACCUCUAUCCCUUCUGGAAGUCUGGGGGCCUGUGCCUUCAGCAGCUGGCCUUGGGCAAAUAAAAGACUAGGUCGUAUACUA